CUUCCAUCUCGGCUCCAUCAAAACCCUAGAAAAAAAAAUCAGUUUAUUGUCAUUCCGUUUUAUUUCUAUUUUACAGCAAUAUUCAAUAACUAGUUUAGCAGAGGGUAACGACAGUCAAUCAUGUCCUCUCGACUCUUUUUUUUUAAAAAAAUAAAGUUGGCGAAGAAAUCUACACAAAACGAAGGGCUAUAUAAACUCAUGCCAAGUCCAUCCCUGGCAACGCGCUAACGAAGCUAGCAAGCAUCGGCAUUCGGCCAUGUCCAAGGCAAGGUUGGACGGCAAGGUGGCGAUCGUGACGGGCGGCGCGAGCGGGAUCGGCGAGGCGGCGGCGCGGCUGUUCGCGUCGAGCGGCGCCACGGUGGUGAUCGCGGACGUGCAGGACGAGCUGGGGCAGGCGGUGGCGGCGUCGGUCGGGUCCGGCCGGUGCGCGUACGCGCGGUGCGACGUGACGGACGAGGCGCAGGUGGAGGCGACGGUGGCGCGCGUGGUGGCGGCGCACGGGCGGCUGGACGUGAUGAUGAGCAACGCGGGCGUGCUGCUCCCGACGGGGUCGGUGAUGGACAUGGACCUGGCGGAGCUGGACCGCGUGAUGGCCGUCAACUUCCGUGGCGCGGCGGCGUGCGUGAAGCACGCGGCGCGGGCGAUGGUGGCGUCCGGUUCCGGCGGCGGCGGCGGCGCCAUCGUGUGCACGGCGAGCGUGGCGUCGCUGCAGGGCGGGUUCGGCCCGGCGUCGUACACGGCGUCCAAGCACGCGCUGCUGGGCCUGGUGCGCGCCGCGGCCGGGGAGCUGGGGAGACACGGCGUGCGCGUCAACUGCGUGUCCCCCGGCGGCGUCGCCACGCCCCUGAGCUGCGCGCUCAUGGGCGUGGGCCCGCAGGAGCUGGAGGCCAUGACGGUGCCGCACAACGUCCUGCAGGGGAAGGUGCUGCGCGCCGACGACGUCGCGGAGGCCGCGCUGUUCCUCGCGUCCGACCAGGCCGCCUUCAUCAGCGGUCAUAACCUCGUCGUCGACGGCGCCAUCACUGCCGUCAACCCCGCCGUGCUGCAGACCGUCGGGCUGUAAACGCCCAACGAUCGCUGCCACAGUAGAUACAUGCAUACACACAUAGAUACAUACUUUGAGUGCAAUGUUUCAUCGUUCGUUUUUUUUUUUUUUUUUUGCAUUGGUUGGCAUCAAGAAAUCUGCUUUCGUUAUUGGGAUUUCCCUCUGUUCAUACACCUAUCCACCAUUGCUGAACCUGAACACUCGUGGUAUGCUUUGCUGCGCCAUGAACGACGAACUCUGUAGAACAAACAGCUGCGCGCCUGCGCCAUUGUUGUUGUGCCA